UGCAGAAGGAGGGAGGGAACGAGCGCGAGCGAGCGAGCGCCACACACACUACGAGGGAACCCCAUCAGCUGGAAGAGUAGAGGAGCCUUACAACUCAACGCUCAUGCCCGAAAUCAGCAGGACACGCACAGGACUGCUUCUUAAAUGAGAAAGAGACACGAAGACGCUGUUUUGUUUUUAAACCGAUAAAGUACAAGAAGAAUCGAGGAGCCAGAGCUGGAGAGAAGCGGGGAAGCAUGGAGUAUUUCAUGGUACCAGCUCAGAAGGUGCCUUCCUUGCAACAUUUCAGGAAAACCGAGAAAGAAGUCAUAGGGGGCUUGUGCAGCUUAGCAAACAUUCCCCUCACGCCAGAGACGGCGCGGGACCAGGAGCGGCGUAUUCGGCGGGAAAUCGCCAACAGUAAUGAGCGCCGGCGCAUGCAGAGCAUCAACGCUGGCUUCCAGUCUCUGAAAACACUCAUCCCGCAUAGUGACGGAGAAAAGCUAAGCAAGGCUGCCAUCUUACAGCAGACGGCUGAAUACAUCUUUUCUCUGGAGCAGGAGAAGACGCGGCUGCUGCAACAAAACACCCAACUCAAACGCUACAUACAGAAGGAGUUCAGCGGCUCGUCCCCGAAGAGGAGGCGCGCCGAGGAGAAGGAUGAAGGGAUUGGAUCUCCAGACAUUCUGGAGGAGGAGAAGGUGGAGGAUCUUCGGCGCGAGAUGAUAGAACUCCGACAACAGCUGGAUAAAGAGCGCUCCGUUCGCAUGAUGCUGGAAGAACAGAUCCGCUCAUUGGAUGCCCACUUGUACCCAGAGAAGCUAAAGGUGAUCGCUCAGCAGCUCCAGGAGCAGCACGUGCAGACACAAACUCUGCUUCGUCUUCAACAGCAGCAACAAGAACAGCUGGGAAAAGAGACCACCACACCUGCUCGCAGCCCGCUGGUGUUUUCUCCUGCCACGCCGCCUGCGCCCACUCAUCACGCCACAGUAAUUGUUCCCGCCCCUGCGCUGCCGCCCCCUCCCCCCCAUCAUGUUACUGUGGUAACCAUGGGCCCCACCUCCGUGAUCAACACAGCAUCCACAUCACGACAGAACUUGGACACCAUUGUGCAGGCCAUCCAGCACAUCGAAGGCACGCAGGACAGGAUGGUCGUGCCCGAGGAGGAAAAACGGCGGGCGGUCAUCAUAACCCCGGGCCGUGUCCUCACAGACACCGGCGACUCCGACACCGCCUCUGACAAUGAAGGAUCUGAGGACUGUUAACUGCCCCGGUCACCCCCACCCCCAUAUCGGCCCACCACAUGUAACGGGGGGCACGGAGAGGGGGCGAGGGGGUCUGUGGGGAAGGGCCUCCCACAGAAAUAUUCUUUCUUUCUCUCUCCUCUCUUUUUGUUGCUGUCUUCUUCACACUCGCAUACGGGACUCACAGACUCAAUGACUUGAAGGUUUCUUGGUGGGGGGGGGGACAAAAAAAAAA